UCAAUAAAUUUAUAGUGUCUAAUAAACUUUUUGUUGAUAAAAGAGGUAUUUUGAUGGGUUUGGGUUGGAAUCGUGUUAUAUACAUAUGUAUAUUUAUAUAUUUAUGUAUAGAUAUAUCAUUGGGUUCAAGUAAAGAAUUGGAAGGAAUCGAACACAGAACAAUUAAAGCUAAUGGAAUCAAAAUUCAUAUAGCAGAGAAAGGAAAAGAAGGUCCAGUUGUUUUAUUCCUUCACGGCUUCCCUGAACUCUGGUACACAUGGCGGCACCAGAUUGCGGCUCUAGGUUCACGCGGCUACAGAGCCGUGGCUCCAGAUCUACGUGGAUACGGUGACACCGAUGCUCCAGGUUCUAUAAGCAAUUAUACGAUAAUUCACUUAGUAAAUGAUAUCGUUGGUGUAAUCGACGCGCUUGGUGUGGAUAAAGUAUUUCUUGUGGGCCAUGAUUGGGGUGCUGGCGUUGGUUGGCAUCUCUGUUUGUUUCAUCCUGAAAGAGUAAAAGCUUACGUUGCUUUGAGUGUUCCCUAUGCGCCUAGAAAUCCCAAAGUGAAACCACUUGAUGCCGCGCGAGCUUUGUAUGGGGAUGAUUAUUAUAUGUGCAGAUUCCAGCAACCAGGGAAAGCAGAAGCUGAAUUUGCCAAAGUUGGGACAGAAAUGGUGGUCAAGGUAUUGCUCACAGGUCGUACUUCUGGGCCACUAAUCUUACCCAAAGGUGGCUUGGGUUCUAAUGUAGAUCCUUCACAUCCACCUCCACUCCCUUCAUGGCUCUCACAAAAAGAUGUGUCUUACUAUGUUUCUAAACUUAAAAAAUCAGGAUUCACUGGUGGCCUUAACUACUAUAGAAAUCUCAACACAAAUUGGGAGCUUACUGCAGCAUGGACUGGAGCAAAAGUGAAAGUACCUGUGAAAUUCAUCACAGGUGAUUUGGAUGUAAUUUACAAUUCGUCGGGUAAUAAGGAAUAUAUUCAUGGUGGUGGUUUCAAGAGAUAUGUGCCAAAUUUGAAAGAAGUGGUUAUUAAAAAAGGUGUUGCUCACUUCAUCCAACAAGAAGCUGCUGAGUUUGUCACCGAUCACAUUUAUAAAUUUAUCAACAAGUUCUGAUUUUCUCACUUGCUGUUUACUUAAAUAUCGUCUUCUAAUGAAUAAUUAAGCCGCGAUUUGCAUAUGAUAAGCAUGUACAAGAGGUUUUUUAAAAUAAUAAUUGAUAUUUCUAGAUCACAUA